AUGCAGCCCAAGAAGCGCGAGCGCUUCAAUGCGAAAGCGCGUCAGUCGAGCGUGGGCGGCAGCUCGCACAAAGGAAAAAAGUCGAUGCGUGAGCGAAUCGCGAUCCAAGAGGCGAAUACGAACGCGGUUAUGGUCGACGAAGAGACGAAAGCGGCGUUGGCUGCACAAGAUCAAAAGCGCCGCGCACUUUUGCGGGCGGGCGGAAACGACGAGCAUGGAAAGAUUGAUUCGAAGAAGCGCAAGCGGCUGGACAAGUUUAUAGAUGCGAAGCUGCGUAAAGAGGAAAAGGUGCGGCUCCUUGCAAAGCUGGCGCAGACCUCCGAGGAAAUCAGUGACCGGACCGAGCUCAUUAGCGCGGCGACGUUGGGCACUGGGCGGGCGACGAAGGAGGCGCAGCGUGUGAUGAAUCUUAUGAAUAAGGGGGAGCGCAAGCGUGGAGCUGUGUACGAUGUUCAGGAAGAUGAAGAAGACGAGGAUUUAGACGAAGGAGAAAAUAAAUUUGUUCGCGACGCUGAAGACGACCAUGUCGCACGCCAGGAACGUAUUUCCAACGCUGCGCGCACAUUUGAGUCGGACGGUGCGCACGCGCUCGUACCUACUGCGGCGUUUGGAUCUGCACUUGCGACGCAAUCCGAUGGCAAGCCCGUGAUGCCGACGAUGCGAAAACGGAAACGGAAAUCGAGCAUGAAGAGUAAUAUGGCAUUGGCAGAUCGGGUUGCUUUGUCUGCACACCGUCCAUUGCAGCAGGAUAUGGAAUUUUCAGAGGAGGAGGAUGAUGUGCAUACGUAUGAUGUGGACAAGGCCAUGGAAGAGGCACGCGCCCAAGUACGACACGAGCGGACGUGGAAAGUGCCUGUGGAGCCAUUGGGAUCGACGAGCGACGUGUCGGUUGCUACAGCAGAGCUGGAGAGCGAAGAUAGCGAGACGAAUGAAGAAGAGGAUGCAGUGUUAUUGCAUGCGAUGCGUCUGCGUGGGAUGCGUUUGCCCAAGGACGGAGGCAAUGAUAUCGCGUCUAUGGAGGGAAGUGAUCGGGAAGACGAAGAGGGCAAUGGCGUGGACGAUGACGAUGGCGAGGAUGAAUCCGACUCCGACUCCGACUCCGACUCCAGCGACGAAAACCCAACCACUGCACCCUCGUCCAAAAGCCAAGGAUUCAAGCAAUGGGCACUCGAGGCACUUGAUUUAGCCCGUCCUUCCGAUGAGCGCACCACCGAAGGCCAGCCCCUGGAGCCCGUCGGCGGCCAUGUCCAGCGCGUCGGCGAUCUGAUCCCCAAGGAUGGCAAAGCCCACGGCCCUCUCGGUGUUGCGCUUCCAUCCCCCGCCACCAAAUCUGCUUUCACGAAACACUACUUUGAUCAAGAAUCCACACGCAAUGACUCCAUUGUGCGGCAUAUCCCUGUAAAACGCAGCACUGCGCUGCAAAAAGCUCGCAUGGACCUUCCUGUGCUCUCCGAAGAAGACGAAAUCAUGCGCACCAUCAACGAAAACCCCGUCACUGUGAUCUGCGGCGAGACCGGCAGCGGCAAAACGACGCAGAUUCCCCAGUUUCUGUACGAAGCAGGCUACGCCUCGAAAAACAGCGCGAAUCCCGGCAUGAUUGGCAUCACACAGCCUCGUCGUGUCGCUGCGGUAAGUAUGGCCAAACGCGUCGCGCACGAAUUGAGUCUCGAUGAGAAUCGCGUCUCGCAUCAGAUUCGAUACGACGCAUCCACAAGCCCGCACACACAGAUCAAAUUCAUGACCGACGGUGUUUUGCUGCGCGAACUCGCCCAGGAUUUGCUCCUGGAAAAGUACAGCGUGAUUGUUGUGGACGAAGCACACGAGCGCAGCGUGAAUACCGACGUGCUUAUUGGCAUGCUUUCUCGUGUUGUGCGUCUUCGCGAGCAGCGCUGGAUUAAAGCCGACGCAAAGCAAAUUGCGCACCCAUUGCGUUUCGUGGUUAUGAGUGCAACGCUGCGCGUGAGUGACUUUACACAAAAUAGCCUCCUCUUUCCCACGCCACCGCCACUCAUUUCCAUCGACGCACGGCAGCACCCCGUCACAAUCCACUUCAAUCGACGCACCACACAAGACUACGUGACAGAAGCGGUAAGGAAAGCGUCCAAGAUCCACGCGCGGCUCCCUCAAGGCGGUAUUCUCAUUUUCCUCACCGGUCAGCAAGAGGUAGUGACCGUGUGCCAAAAACUGCAGCAAGCAUACGGCGCAGAAGCGCAUGUCAAGCGCUCUGCCGAGCUGGACGCGCCGUCUGCACGCAUUGCCGACGUCGAGGCCGAGGAGAUCGAGUUGGGCGUGGCCGAGCUCGAUGCAGCAGUCGACACCGACGCACAAGAGGACGCUGCGGCAUUGGAUAGCGACCAAGACGAUUCUCUUGCUCUGGAGCAUGCAGCGAUGCGCAUGCAUAUCCUACCACUCUACUCGCUCUUGCCGACGCACGAGCAGCAGCGUGUAUUUGCAGCGCCGCCAGAAGGCACGCGCCUCGUCGUCGUCGCCACCAACGUCGCAGAAACAUCCAUUACCAUCCCCCACAUCAAGUACGUGAUCGAUACAGGCCGUGCCAAGGAGCGGCGCGUGGAUGCACAAAGUCAGGUCCAGUCGUACGAUAUCCAGUGGAUCAGCAAGGCCUCUGCUGCACAGCGCGCGGGUCGUGCAGGCCGGACUGGCCCCGGCCACUGCUACCGCCUCUUCUCCUCCGCCGUGUACGAAGAAGUAUUUCCUGCGUUUGGCACGCCGGAAAUUCUGCGCACGCCCGUCGAAGGUAUUGUGCUGCAGAUGAAGGCAAUGAACAUUGACAAUGUAGCCAACUUCCCCUUUCCAACGCCGCCGGACCGCACCGCGCUCCGUGUUGCAGAACGCAUGCUAAUUCAUCUCGGCGCGCUCGAGCGUGCCGAGGCCACCGACGGACAGGGCCGACGUGUUUUGCAAGCGUCGAUCACCGAGCUUGGCCGCACCAUGGCCCUCUUUCCCAUCACGCCGCGCUACGCUAAGCUUUUGGCGCAAGGGAACCAGCACGGCUGUCUUCCGUACGCAGUCGCGUUGGUCGCUGCACUGAGCGUCGGCGACGUAUUUGAGCGCGAGGACUUGUUGCGCUUCAGCGGCGCAGACAUGGAUCCUGCAGAGGCAAAAGAAGCGCGCGGCGCUGCGCGCGCCGCAUACUAUGCAUCCAUGCGUAUUUUCGACGCGCUUGGCCAGGGCAGCAGCGACGCAUUCCGACUUCUCAGCGUCGUCGGCGCCUUUGCCCACGAAGCAGCGCACGGCCGCUCACUGGCGUUUUGCGAGCGGCACUCGGUGCGCCUCAAAGCGAUGGACGAAAUUCACAAGCUGCGCGCACAGCUCGGGCGCAUUCUCCUGGCCAACCUCGGCGGCAUUGCCGUCCAGGAGCGCGAGCGCAUCAUGGAUCCUUCAUUGCGUCUUCCCGGCCCGGCGCAAUGCAAGGUCUUGCGCCAGCUACUUGCCGCAAUGUAUGUCGACCGCGUCGCGGUGCGUGCUGAUGUGGUCGGCGCGCCGGAAGCCGAAGGAGCUCGCGGCGUAAAGCAUGCGAGCACGCGCGGCGUGCCUUAUGUAGCGCUCGGCGUCCACGGCGUCGUCUACAUCCAUCCCAGCUCCACCUUUUUUCACCGCCCGCCGCCAGAAUGGCUUGUGUUUGGCGAAGUGCAUGCAAGCGUGUCGAAGGAGGCGCGUGUGGAAGGAAUAGACGCGCCCCCACGCAAGCAAUGGAUCAAGAUGCUCACGCGGAUUAACCCGGCGUGGCUGCCAUUGCUGGGGCCGACCCUGUGCAACUAUAGCCAGCCUCUGGACGCCGAGUCGCACGGGAUCCUUGGCCGGCUUGCAGGCUCGGUGCGCGCACUGCGCCACGGCACUGGGUCUGGCGUGACAGAGCGCCAAGUGAUGCUGAUCCCGCGCUAUGGCGGCGCUGCAGAAGACGGCGGCGCAGGGCAAGGGCUCGGUUGGGAACUUGCUCCCGUCAAGGCUACACAGCGCUACGAGCAUGGCCGGUGGAUCACGGUUGGGCGCUAG